AUGAAGGUCCUUAUCUGUGGCGGAGCUGGUUAUAUCGGUUCUCAUAUUGUUCGUGAACUUGCCGCUCUACCUGAUUAUGAAGUUGUUAUUCUUGAUAACCUCUCUAAAGGACACGUAGAAUCCAUUCCUAAAGGCGUAACUUUUGAAGAAGCAGAUAUCUGCGAUAAAAGAUCAAUUGAGCCUGUUUUCGAAAAACACAGACCUAAAGCCGUGAUGCACUUCUGCGCUUCCAUUGAAGUUGGGGAAAGCGUCGAGGAUCCUUUACGUUAUUACGAAAAUAAUGUCGCCGGAACAAUUUAUUUAUUGCAGACCAUGCGAAAAUAUGAUGUAAAACAUUUUAUCUUCUCCUCAACUGCCGCUAUCUUUGGUAAUCCUGAAACGACCCCCAUAGAAGAUAAUGAUACAACCAUUCCAAUUAAUCCUUAUGGUGAUACAAAACUCACCGUAGAAAAAAUCCUCAAUUGGUGUGAAAAUGCGUAUGAUAUAAAGUACGUUUGCCUUCGAUAUUUCAAUGCCUGUGGAGCCCAUGAAAGCGGUGAAAUCGGUGAGGAUCAUAAUCCAGAAAGUCAUUUGAUUCCUCUCGUACUUCAAGUGGCUCUUGGUCGUAGACCUCAAAUUAAGAUUUACGGUGAUGAUUAUGAUACUAGAGAUGGAACUUGUAUUAGAGAUUAUAUACAUGUUACAGAUUUGGCACACGCACAUAUUAAGGCUUUGGAGUACCUCAUGAAAGAAAAUAAAUCUCAAAAAUUUAAUUUGGGUUCAGGUGAAGGGUAUUCCGUUAAAGAAGUAAUUGAAGCCGCUAGAAAAGUUACGGGACAUCCAAUCCCUGCCGUGGUCGAAGGUCGUAGACCUGGCGAUCCAGCCGUGUUGAUUGCUGGUUCGAGUCGAGCUGAAAAAAUACUUGGAUGGACUAGAAAAUAUAAGAAUGUUAAAGACAUCGUUGCCACCGCAUGGAAAUAUCAUCAAGCAUUUCCUCAUGGAUUUACCGGAAAAUAA